UUGUACAAGAUUUGUAGACAAAGAUACAAUAUACACUUCUACAUCAGUAAGCCUGCAAUGUAACAUAUAUUCCAGUGGAAAGGUUGCGAAGCAAUGGACAGAUCUGGGAAAGAACCUUCCAAAACUCUCCAUCGGGAAGACAAGGAAGUAAAUGGAAUGACUGAAGGCGUCUCUUGCCCCCUUUCAUUUCCUUCUCCCCUUCUCUGCUUGAGUGGUGAGGGAAACACGCAAGUGGAAAUGCUGGAAAAAGCCCAGGAGCUCUUCCGGCUCUGUGACAAGGAGGAGAAGGGCUUCAUAACAAGACUGGACAUGCAGCGAUUACAAAGUGAGCUACCAUUCACUACUGAACAGCUGGAGGCUGUUUUUGACAGUCUGGUGCAAGACAAUAAUGGUUACCUCACCCCAGUAGAAUUCAGUGUAGGCCUAGGGAAGUUCAUAGGAAAUGAGCCACACCAGAACUCUGAAAAUGCCGGUCACGAGGAGACCUUUGAGUCUAGCUGGUCGGAGGAAUUGGACCAGACAGAUGAAGGGGAAAAACAGUUUUGCUCUGUGCUGGAGCAGCUUGAAGCCUCCCAAGUCUUUGAAGAUCAGGGUGAAAUUCAAGAGCUUUGGAUUCGAAUCCAAAAAGAAGCACCAGAACUCCUAGCCAAUUUUGAAGAGUUUCUUUUCCAUAUUUCCUCAUACAUCAAGGAUCUGCACCAUGAGAAGGAAUCCAUGGAACUGGUAUUAAAACGAAGAGAGACCGACCAUGAAAGAGAAAUCAGGUGUCUCUAUGAGGAAAUGGAACAACAAAUUAAAGCUGAAAGGGAGCGGCUGUUCCAGCAGGAGUCAACAAGGCUUGAAAAAAACAACAUGUUUCAGAAAAAGUUGCAGAACAAAGAGCAAGAAUUUGAUAAAAUUCUUUACCGGCAGAAAAAGUUGGAACAUCAGUUACAAUGCCAGCACUCUGAGCAGCUAGAAAUGCGUAUACAAAAUGAGAGAUUACAAAUUCUGAGUGAAAAUCUCCUGGAUCAGCUGGAGAGGACCAAAUGGGAACUGGAAGUAGCCCAAAGUCAGUUGCAAGCAUUGCAGAAAGAAGCCCAGGUAGAACAGGAACAGAAGAACAGAGAUAUAUUUCAAGCUUCUAAGAAUAUGCAGAAAGAAAAACAAAGCCUCUUGCGUCAAUUGGAGCUCCUCAGGGAGAUGAACAAAAAUCUGCGAGAUGAGAGAGACACAGUUGAAGCUAAGAAGACGGUCGGUCUGAAAAAGAACAUUUUAAUCCCCAGCCACCCCUACUUUGCCUACUGUUGCUGCUGCCAUCACUUGGGGACAUUUCAUUUACCUGAGGGAUGCUAACAAAAACAGAGUUGAAUUAUUCUUUUGUAAGGAUGUUUCUUUCCUAAGUCUAAAUGGAGCAAGGACUGCAUUUUUGCCAACCCCAGUCAUCGCAAAAGAUCGGCACAGCUUGCGUAUUUAUGAUUGUACAGGAAAGGCUCUCUAACCAGAUGUUCUUUGGACUGGAAAGGAUGGACAAAUGUAUGCACUUUUUGAGCUCUUUGCACUAAAGGUAAAAUACAGGGGACACAUUAGCUGAAUCUAUGGAAAACUAAAUUUUCCUCAUGGAGUUCAAAGAAAAAGUCUUCUCUUUCCCUCUAUUUGUUACUGUUUCUAACAACUUGGGAUUUUUUUUUACCUGCAAGCCCCUUGUCUUAUUCUACAACAGACAGCACUUUGAACCAGCUUUUUUGCCAUAUUUAUUCAUGACCAGACUUUUCACGUUUUUCACAGUUGUGUAGUUUUAUUAAAGCUUGAAGGCUUUCUGCAUGACCCUUUCUGUUCCUUACCUAGAGGUCUGCUCCCAUAAAGGAACUACCCCCCCUUUUAUUUUUCUAUAAUGGUGUGUGUGUGUAUAGGCACACAGAUAUGCAUAUACACUUGUAUAGCUUUGUCUCAGGGGAAUGAGCUGUAUAUAUUCAUCUCAUGAAAUAUAUUCCCAGUAGAUUCCACUGUACAAGUAUAGCCCAAAUAUGAGGUAUAAAUGGAGCAGGAGCCAAAGAAGAUUCAUGUGCUUCCAAUGUAGGAUAUUCUUGCCUUUUCCUAAAUGAAGGCAUGAAUGAAUAAUGAAGAAGAGAAAAAAGGUGAUUAACAUCUCUGGUCAGUUUUGUUGGGCAAUGAUAAACAGUACUUUGAAUUUUUUUUUUAAAAAAAAAAACCUUGAAUGGAGAUUAAUUGAAGCUGCUAAGUAAAAUUUUGUACAGAGCAAGAGAGGGAUCACAGUGUAAUGGUUUAUUUUACAUAUCUAGAUUAAUGUGUGUUUUUUGAGUGAAUAUUUCACUAUUUAUCUCUAUGAUUAAUUGGUCUGUGGAAGUAUCUCCAGGUGAAUAAUUGAUGAGAAUACCUAUUACCAUUCCAUUGUAAAUAGUGAAAAGUAUCUCUUCUGUUUUGGUAAUAUUUUCAUAUAAUUAUAAUUACCUAGGGAAAUAACUAUUGCACAUUGUUCCCCAAAUCCUGUGAUUUAUUAAACUGGAGCAUGUACAGAUACAAAGGAUUAAUAAAAUCAUGUAAAUAGAAGUUUUAGUAAAUGAAGCUAAAUAUGAAUAUAAAAUAAACAAUGUGCGGUCUUAUUUUGACACACUGCAUCUUUGCAUGUGAUCAAGUUGUAAAAGGUUCUGCUGGAAAGAUCCAGAGAGGAUGAUAAUCAAUACUAACUCUUGAAGGUAUUUGGCAGCCAUAGUGUUCCUCAUCUCUUACUCCUAGUCCUCCAAUGUGAAUCCAGAGGCUGUAUUUCUUUUUGUUGUUUAUUCCUGCUGUGUGUGUCCAAGUCACAUAAAAUAAAGACCUAUUUUCAAGAA